GGACCCUUGUGGGAAAUAGUUAUGAUUUUGCAAACUCCUGGGCUCUGCACAGUGAAAACAAACGGUGCAAGAGAGUGCAGACUCCAAGCAACACCUGCAACAUUUCAUCCGACGCUGCGGAGAAGGAUGUCAUGGAAACCUGCCAGCUGCUACAAACGUCUUUGAUCUUCUCCCGGUGCCACCAUCGAGUUGAUCCAGAGCCAUACAUCAACCUCUGUGAAAGAGACAUCUGCCUCUGUACCCAGGGCAUGGACUGUCACUGCUCGGUGUUCCUUGAUUAUGCAAGAAGCUGUGCUCAUGAAGGAGUGGUUUUGGAUGGGUGGCCCGAGGAGACCUCAUGCAGGCCAAGAUGUCCUGUUGGCAUGGAGUAUAAGGAAUGUGCAUCCCCUUGUGCCAAAACCUGCCAGAGCCUGAAUAUCAAUGAAGUGUGUCAUGGACAAUGUGUCGAUGGCUGCAGCUGCCCUGAGGGGAAGCUCCUUGAUGGUGAAGACUGCAUUGAAAGCUCCGACUGCUCCUGCGUCCACUCUGGAAGACAUUAUCCUCCUGGCUUCACCAUCUCUCAGGAUUGCAACUCAUGCAUUUGUCGACGUGGCACCUGGAUCUGCAGCAACGGGGAAUGCCCAGGAGAAUGCUCUGUCACCGGCCAGUCUCAUUUCAAAACCUUUGACAACAAGUAUUUCACCUUCAGUGGGAUUUGUCAUUAUUUGUUUGCCAAGGACUGCGUGGAAAAUUCCUUUUCUGUGAUCAUCGAGACUGUGCAGUGUGCGGAUGAUCCUGAUGCUGUGUGCACUCGCUCAGCUUCGGUCCGAAUCCAGGAUCUGGACAACAGCCUCAUUAAAAUGAAACAUGGAGGAGGAAUUUCACUGAAUGGACAAGACAUACAGAUCCCCUUGCUACAAGGUGCCCUCCGCAUCCAGCGCAUGACGAGGACUUCAGUCCGCCUUUCCUAUGGGGAAGAUUUGCAGGUUGACUGGGAUGGUCGUGGGGAACUCCUAGUGAAGCUGUCUCCAGUCUAUUCAGAAAGGAUAUGUGGGCUGUGUGGAAAUUACAACGGUAACCAAGGAGAUGAUUUUCUGACACCUUCUGGCAUGGUGGAAGCUCUUCUGGAAGAUUUUGGAAACUCCUGGAAACUCAACGCAGACUGCCAAAACUUGUUAAAACAAGACAGUGACCCUUGCAAUCUCAAUCCUCGUUUAGCCAAAUAUGCUGAGGACUCCUGCUCAGUUCUGAUGUCUUCUGCGUUUGAACCCUGUCACCAUGAAGUCAGUCCCUCUCCCCACGUGAAGAACUGCCGCUUUGAUGUUUGCUCCUGCUCCAAUGGGAAGGAUUGUCUGUGCUCUGCUGUUGCUAACUAUGCAGCUGCCUGUGCCAGGAAGAACAUCCUGGUCCAGUGGAGGGAACCUGACUUCUGCCCAAUGACCUGUCCUGAAGGCCAAGUGUACCAGCAGUGUGGGACACCCUGCAACCAGACCUGUAGGUCUCUGUCCUACCCGGAUGAGGACUGUGAUGAGCUCUGUGUGGAAGGAUGCUACUGUCCCCCCGGGCACUACCUGGACGAGCGUGAGCAGUGCGUGCCAAAAUCCCACUGCUCUUGUUACUAUGAUGGUGAGAUCUUCCAGCCAGAGGACAUCUUUUCGGAUCAUUACACCAUGUGCUAUUGUGAAAAUGGUUUCAUGCACUGCAGUACAAACAGAGCUCCUGGUGCCUUCCUGCCAGAUGUUUUCGCUGAUGAGAGGCCAUCUGCCAGAAUAAAAAGGAGCUUGACGUGCAGACCCCCCAUGGAAAGAUUUAUCUGUCCUGCAAACAACCCAAGAGCUGAAGGGUUGGAGUGUGCCAAGACUUGCCAGAAUUACGACCUGGAGUGCAUCAGCCAUGGCUGCAUAUCUGGAUGCCUCUGUCCAAAAGGAAUGGUACGACAUGAAAACAAGUGUGUUGCUCUUGAGAGAUGCCCGUGUUUUCACAAUGGAAGAGAAUAUGCCAAGGGAGAGACAGUGACCAACGACUGCAACACCUGUGUGUGCCACGGUCGAAAGUGGGAAUGCACCAAAAAUACAUGUGAUGGCACCUGCACUGUUGUUGGUACUGCUCAUUAUCUGACGUUUGAUGGAUUGAAAUACAAGUUCCCAGGAAACUGUCAGUAUGUAUUAGUUCAGGAUUUCUGCAGGGAUGACUCUGGAACAUUCCGGAUACUAAUUUCAAAUGAAGGCUGUGGCUUCACUGGAGAAAAGUGCACUAAAAGGAUUGUAAUUCUUUAUGAAAGUGGGGAAAUAGAGUUAUUUAAUGGAAAUGUGAACAUCAAGGUACCUCCUAAAGAUGACAAUGAUUUAGAAGUCCUGAGAUCUGGUCGUUAUUACAUCAUUUUUCUGGGCAAAAACAUCAGUGUGACCUGGGAUCUGGCCAUGGGAGUCUCAGUUAUCUUAAAAGGCAAUUUCAAAGAUCAAGUGUGUGGUCUGUGUGGAAAUUUUGAUGGAAUCCAAAACAAUGAUUUGACCAGCAGCAAUGAACAUCUUGAAGUAGAUCCAGUUGACUUUGGGAAUUCCUGGAAAGUUAAUCCAUACUGUGCUGAUGUUGAAAAGCCCACCCAGGAACAGACCUUGGUGUCCCCACUGUGUAAUGGAAACAUAGUGAAGCAGAUGAUGGUAGAAACGUCAUGCAGCAUCUUGUCUGGGGAGCUCUUUGAAAAAUGCAGAAAACUUGUGAAUCCUGAGCCCUACAUAGAUAUUUGCAUGUAUGACACUUGUGCUUGCGAGUCUAUUGGGGACUGUGCUUGCUUCUGUGAUGCUAUUGCAGCCUAUGCCCAUGUCUGUGCACAAAAAGGUGUUCCUGUGCAUUGGAGAUCACCAUCUCUGUGCCCACAAAGCUGUGAGGACCUGAAUAAACAAGAAUUAGAUUUUCAGUGUGAAUGGCGAUACAAUAGCUGUGGACCUGCUUGUCCUGUGACCUGUCAGCACCCACAGCCUUUGGAGUGCCCUCUGCAGUGUGUGGAAGGAUGCCACGUACACUGUCCUGCAGGGAAAAUACUUGAUGAACUGUCCCUGGAUUGUGUCAGUCCAGAAGACUGUCCCGUGUGUGCAGUUGGAGAACUCAAGAUCCCACAUGGAAAGAGAAUAGUUUUGAAUGAAGACAAUCCACAGCACUGUCAGUCUUGUCUGUGUGAAGGGAAGAACUUAACCUGUGUAGCCUGUGAGCCAGUGGAGAACAUCCUAACACUGACAACACCUGCUCCAGAGGAGGACAUAGAACUACCACCCAGUGAAUAUUCAUGCAGCAAGAUGAUGGACUUGGCCUUCUUAAUGGAUGGCUCCAAUAAGCUGUCAGAGGAAGACUUUGAACAGCUGAAGACUUUCAUAACCGGCAUGAUGAAGAAACUCCACAUCUCCCAAAAGAAAAUAAGAGUGUCAAUUCUAGUCUAUAGGGCUGGCCCCACAAUCUAUCUUGGUCUUAAAGAUAUCAAAACACAGUCACAGAUGAGAAAAAUUGUCCAAGGCAUAAAAUACACAGGUGAUGAAGUAGCAUCUGCCACUGAAGUCCUUAAAUACACUGUGUUUCACGUGUUUGGAAAAGCAGAAAGGACCAAUGCUGCCAGAAUUGCAGUGUUAUUUAUAGCAAGCAAGUCUCCAGGGAAACUCCGCAACAUCCUCACAGCUUUGAAGAAUAAAAAAAUUGCAGUAGUAGCUGUGGGGAUUGGACCAUAUGUUAAUGUGGAGCAAAUCAAGUUCAUUGAAAAGCAGUCAGGAGAUAACAGAGCCUUCCUAAUGAAUAACGUAUUAGAGCUAAUGGAUAACAGGGAUCUCCUCAUUGACCAUCUAUGUGAUCUUGGACCCGACGAAAGUUCUCUGAUACAAGCUACAUCCACUCCAACAAUAGCCAGUGCCUUAUUUCCCUCUUGGGGACUCACAGCACCACCACCCUUGACAGAAAAGCCCACUAGCAGAAGACUGGACAUUGCUUUUAUUGUGGAAGGAUCUGAUAAUGUAGGAGAGGAAAAUUUCAAUAUCAUCAAGGAGUUCAUUGAGAGAGUGAUCACAAGAAUGAGGGUGGGACAAGAAGAUAUUCAUGUUACAGUCAUGCAGUAUUCAGAAACUGUCACUCUGGAGUAUUCUUUUAGGGAAAUACAGUCAAAGGAAAGUAUCAUUGAGAAGGUGAGAAGCAUACCCUACCAAGGAGGGAAGGCUACCAACACUGGGAAUGCCCUGGAUUAUAUUUCCACGCACACAUUUACAACAGUGAAUGGGGGCAGGCAAGAUGUUCCUCACCUGGUAUACAUGGUGUCAUCCAAUCCUUCCACUGAUGUUAUCACGCGACCUCCCAGGAACAUAAAUGUUAUUCCCAUAGGCAUAACCCCCAAUGCAAAUAUCCAAGAGCUCAGAAAGAUCAGUCAUCCCAAUAACCCAAUUAUCUUACAUAGCUACAAUGCCCUUAUUGAAGAAGCACCUGAAUUAGUGCUGCAGUCAUGCUGCUCUCAUAAACUUUGGACAGAAAUUCCAGAGUUGUGCAACAAACCAAUGGAUGUCAUGUUUCUUCUGGAUGGAAGUUCCAAUAUUGGAGCAUCAGAUUUUGAGGAAAUGAAAAACUUUGUACGGGCGUUUAUUGAAAGUGUUGAGAUCAGCAAUACUUCAAUUCAUGUGUCAGUUCUCCAGUAUGCCAGGGAAAACAAUAUAGAAAUUCCAUGGAACACGCCUCAAGAGAAAGAAAAUCUUAUAGACUUGGUGCUCUCAAUUCAACAAAGGGAACAAGGUCCUACCAGGCUAGGAAAAGCCAUUGAUUUUGUAGUCCAGAAUGCAAUGUCAGAAUCCCACGGAGGGAGACCCGGCGCAUCCAAAGUUGCGAUCGUCGUCGUGUCGGGGAGAUCCGAGGACACUGUGGAGGCUGCUGCACUUGCUGCCAGAAUGAACAGGGUAUCUCUGUUUACAAUUGGAGUUGGGAAUGGCUAUGACGAAGAGCAACUAAGGACUUUGACUGGGCCAUCGUCUGCUAACAGAAUCAUGAAGCUUCAGAAUUUUGAAGACUUACCCACUAUGAUCACACUAAAUAGUGAAUUUAUCAAAAAAGUGUGCAUGGAUCCUGUCAGAGAAUGUAUAGAUGAGGAUGGAAACAAAAAGAAACCUGGCGAUAAAUGGACAUUACCGGACCAGUGCCACACUGUGACAUGCUUUCCAGGAGAUUACACAGUUCUGGAAAGCCACCAAAUUAACUGUGAGAGGAUGCCCAAACCAGCAUGUCACAGCAAUCUUCCUGCUGUGAAGGUUGAAGAGACGUGCGGCUGCCGAUGGAUGUGUCCCUGUGUCUGUAUUGGAAGUUCAUCUCGACAUAUUGUCACUUUUGAUGGGCUGAAUUUUAAGCUGACUGGCAAUUGCUCCUACACCUUGUUUCAAGACCUGCAACAUGAUGUUGAAGUUCUCCUCCACGAAGGGUCAUGCAGAGCAACACCAAAGAUGAACUGUAUGGACUCCAUUGAAGUGAAACAUCAUGGUACAUCUGUUCAGCUCUUCAGUGAUAUGGAA